AAUAUGGAUAGCAUAGCCAAAAACUGGGAAAAUCUGAGCGGCCAGGAUAAUUGGGAGGAUUUGUUGGAGCCUCUCGACAUUGAUCUCCGGCGGUACAUAAUCCACUAUGGAGAAAUGACUCAGGCAACAUAUGAUGCGUUUGAUUCAGAGAAGGUGUCGAGGUUUGCAGGAAGCAGCCGGUAUGGGAAGAAGGAUUUCUUCUCUAAGGUGAAUUUAGAGAAGGGGAAUCCUUUCAAAUACAAGGUGACAAAGUUCUUUUAUGCAACAUCAAACAUUAAAGUCCCCGAGGCUUUUAUAAUAAAGUCUUUGUCGAGGGAGGCGUGGAGCAAGGAGUCUAAUUGGAUGGGGUAUGUUGCAGUCUCUACAGAUGAAGAGAAGGCUGUGCUAGGGAGGAGGGAUAUUGUGGUUGCUUGGAGAGGAACAGUUGAGACGCUGGAAUGGAUUAAUGAUUUGGAAUUUGAUUUGGUUUCUGCCUCCAAUAUUCUUGGAGAUGAGGAUGAUCCUAAGGUGCACCAGGGUUGGUACUCCAUCUACACUUCUGAUGACCCGCGUUCUCCCUUCAACAAAACUUGUGCCAGGAAGCAGGUUCUCAGUGAGAUAACGAGACUAUUGGAAGAAUACAAGGACGAAGAAAUCAGCAUUACUGUAAUUGGGCACAGCUUGGGUGCAGCAAUUGCAACACUAAAUGCGGUUGACAUAGUCGCCAAUGGAUUCAACAAGCCAAAAGACGAGCAGAGAAGAGCGUGUCCCGUAACAGCAAUAGUAUUCGCCAGCCCCCGCGUGGGAGACUCGGGCUUCAAGAGGGUGUUCGCUAGAUACAAAGAUCUCCGAGCUCUACGCAUCCGCAACGGUCCAGAUUUCGUUCCCAACUAUCCCCUGAUAGGCUACUCGGACGUGGGAAAAGAGCUGGAAAUAGACACUCGAGAAUCCCACUACUUGAAGAGCCCUGGAAAUCUGACGACGUGGCAUAACUUGGAGUGCUACCUGCAUGGAGUUGCAGGGGCAGCAGGGAGGAGAGGCGGAGGGUUCAAGCUGAGGGUUCAUCGGGAUGUUGCGCUUGCGAACAAGACGGCGGAUGCUUUGAAGGAGGAGUAUCUUGUUCCGGCGUCGUGGCGUUGUGUGCAGAACAAGGGGAUGGUGCAGCUGGCGGAUGGGUCUUGGAAGUUGAUGGAUCAUGAAGAAGAUGAUGCGUCUGAUAUUCCUUGAUGAUGAGUGUUUGGAAAUGGUUGUGAAAGUUGUUUCAAUUUGGUUUUGUUUGAUGUUGAAGGGGAGCAAAAAGAAUAAAAAGAAACAGACAUUUGCGCGUGUUGUGUGACUCAAGGUGCAUGCGUCAGGCUUUAGCUUAAUUAAUUGGAAAUGUAAGGUACCAUAAACUAUAAAGUAGUAGGUAGGAUGGGAGAA